UUUUAAUAUUUUUAUAUGGUCUACGUUAACGAACUUUACCUAGUUCAAAAAAUAAUAUAGAAAGUGCUAAUUUAUUAGCAACAAAUAACUGUUGAAGGGUGUAGUUGACAUGGAUGCCUCUACCAAUAUUCAUGUAGUAGAAGACUCAUUCAAUUCCUCGGAAAUACUUUUCCAACAAUACCUGAUGAAAAAAAAUGUAGACACUUAUCUAAUUUGUUCAGACGAUACUGUAGCUGCCCACAGCAGUAUAUUAAUGAAAAACCAUGUUCUUAGAGAACAAAUAGAAAGUAAGGAACGGAAUGGAAACCGAAAUGGAAUGUUGGAGAUAAAUGUAAAACGAUUUUCAACCGAAGUUAUAAUGGUGAUUUUGGAAUUGUUAUAUCGCGGGGAUGCGAGAUGUUUCCGAGAAAUUCAAAGGGAGGUAGAAAAAGCGAAACGAUUUUUCUUUCCACCGAAUAAUCCAAGGGAAUUGAAGAUUAAACAAGAAAAACCGGAUAGUACUUCGGUACUCCCAAACGUCCAUUUUGCGCCAGAACGUUCGGAACGCAAUGUACCCGUUGAUAUCAAAGAAGAACCUACUUCAUCAAACAGUCUACCAUUAAACAAGAAAAUAAGAAUUGAUUCAGUUCCUCGAAGUUCCCCAGAAUCGAGUAUACAACCUGUUUGUGAACCAGUCGAAGACGAUUCCUCGGAUGAUUCUUUUGUUUUCGAUUUAAAUGAUCUAGAGCCUCCUCAGACUACAGUUGGUAAAUCGAAAGAAACAGAGAAAACACCUACAGAAAAUAUGGAGAUAGCGAUAGAUGACCAGCCUCAUUCAAACGGGGUGAUGGAGGAAUCUGAGGAAUUCGAUGACACAGUAUUGGAAUUAGGCGAUGAUCCUGUUAAUGAGAAAAUUGUGAAUUGUUUGCUGUAUUGCGAAAAGGAUUGGCAAUCGGUUUGCGUGAUAUGCAUGAAAAGCUACAAAAACAUUAAAAAACACCUACAGGAUAAAAAAUACGCUCACAAAAUACCGAAACCUAUAAAACUUCCAAGAAAAUGAUAAACUGUAAUAUUGUAUU